AUGAAGAAAAUAAGAAAAAGAAAUAAAGAGUAGGAAAUAGUGAGGCAAGGUGUGGAGGAGGAGGAGAUCUGCGAAUGUAUUGUGGUGGUUGUCGGAGUUCCCAAUAAACAAAUUCAGUGAAAAUCUUGAAAUCAGCUUACGAAGGGAAAUAACAAAGGAACCCUAAUAAAUACGAUGCGUUUCAAUACCUGUCACGUUUCGCUCGCUUUCCUUCUCAAAUUCCUCAAUUUCCUUCAAUCCUUCGUUGGCAUUUCCAUUUUGCUCUAUUCCAUAUGGAUGUUCAACGAAUGGGAGCAUCGUCUUCCUCCUCCUCCUCUCCCUCACGCUUUCGAUUUCUAUUUAAAUCUCUAUUCCAUCGUUCUCCCCGCUCCAUGGUUUAUCUACGCUUUCUUGGGAGUGGGAAUUUUGGUGUUAUGCAUUUCUUUCUUGGGUUGCAUUGCAGCUGAAAUGAUUAAUGGUUGCUGCUUGUGUUUUUACACUCUACUCAUCGCGGUGCUUCUUCUCCUGGAAGCUUCUCUGGUGGGAUUCAUUGCACUUGAUAGUGAUUGGGAGAAGGAUAUUCCACUUGAUCCAACCGGUCGACUUGACGAGCUUCGAAUUUUCAUCGAAGAUAAUAUAGAUAUCUGUACUUGGGUUGGCAUUACUGUUCUCGCGGUUCAGGCAUUGGCUCUACUACUGGCAUUAAUUCUGCGAGCCACCGUAUCUACCCGGGGAACUGAUUUUGAUUAUGAGGAUGAAUGUGAUGUUAGGGGUAGAACUUGGGAACCCCUACUAAAUCCUCAAUCUGGCCAACCAUCUGGCUCUGGCAAAGUUGAUAAUAGAGGAAAUCACUCGGAUAUUUGGAGCUCACGGAUGAGAGAAAAGUACGGAUUGAACCAUGGUGAUAAGAGCACCUACCAACCAUGAAUUUCAGGCAAUCACCGCUACUAGACAUGAAGCAAUUCAAUGAUGUGUCGACAUUUGCGUACAUACGUGUAUAUCUUUGGUUCUAAUGUUGUACUUUCAUUUGAUUUCAGGAAAAAUUAUGAUGUAAGCAAAAUAUAGUGGUGGUGGUAUAUGUGUUGUAAAACCAAACCAGCUAUCGAUUGAAGUUUAAAAGUGUCUUGUACUUAAAUAGCGUAGCAUAAGAGAAAAAAUAAUAACAAAGCUACAUUACAAAGGACCCGAUGUAAGCACCUUCCUCAUGGCUCUACUGAUAGUGCAGUCUGCAUCACAGAACAUUAGUUGACAUUGCUCAAUGGCCACGCAUACAGCUAUAUACGUUGGAUAUGGUGCACGUGAAGCAUACGUCUCUCAUGUGUCUGGCAUUCAUUUUUUUUUUCCUUAAAAAACAAAUAUCAUACUUUUGUAUGAAAUUUGAAAAAGCAGAAUUGGUGGGUAAAUAUUGACUCAACAUCAA